AUGGUUACAGUUGACGUCAAAUCAGAACAUCGCAAGCGGUCCUACGGCACCGAAACUAUUGUAACUGUUCUGGUUUUUUUUUUCAUCUGCCAGGAUCGGUGGUUACUGAAGCAGGAACAAGGACGUCUGACAAAGUUGCAGGUGACCCUGGAGGAAGACCGACGCUCGGUCAUGGAGCAGACUGAACGUGAACGAGGCGAACUUCAACAGUUAAUGUCAAAUUUCUUCUCAGAACACCGCGAGACCCAGACGAGACUUACAGCGGAACGAAACUCUCUCCUGGACCAACAACAACGUCUACGUGCCGACCAGAUGAGUUGGCAAAAACGCCAGAAGGAAGAGGAGGCUCGGAUAAACAAGAUGAAAGAAGAAACGGCGGUGGCUAAGGAGGCCUUCCAGGUUGAGCUGCGCAGUCUGGAUGAAAGAAUCCAUCAGAUCCGUGUUAAUGAGGUGAAACUUGGGGAGACGCAACGUCAUCUGGAUAUAAUA